UAUAACAAUUUCAUUUUAAAUAUUGAGCAUACAUCUCAUAAUCGACCUGAAUCCUUUGAUUUCGCAACACUAUUUAUACGGUUACCACUGCUGCUUCUAUUGCCAACAGCUGCACCUUACCGUUUUAUACCAGAACGUGAAAUACUACCCUAUGCAUACUUAAGUUACAAUAGUAAUCCAGUCGUUAAUAUAAACGACGUACCCCAUCAUGUCAUUAUAGUUUACGGCUCAAGAUACUGUUCCGGAAGCCUCAUUGGAAGCAAAGUUGUAAUUACCGCGGCGAGCUGUCUAGGGAAAAGGAAAAACGAACCAGUUAUUGUAAAAGUGGGUUCAAGCACCAUAACUGGAAAUGGGCAAAUAAUUCCUGUCUUAGAGUGUAAAAUCCAUGAAUACUACAAACAUUUAAGUAGCUUAGAUAACGACAUUGCGUUGUUGAUGCUCAAGGAACAUGUAGUUUUUGGGAAAAAUGUUAUUAAAACAAUUCUCGUGGAACCAGAAAUAGCUCUUCGUGUCGGCGCCCAAGUCAUUGUAACUGGAUGGGGUGGUAUCGACGUACCAGCUAAAUAUCUGAACUUACUUUUGCGAUCCGAGAUGUUUAUAAUUGAUAGAAAGGCUUGCCGAAAACAUUAUGGCGAAUUAAUAACUCCUUCCAAUUACUGCGUUAAGUAUAAUUUAGAACAUCGACUUAGUGAUAACGGUGGUGGGGCAAUAUUUGAAGAGUUAUUGGUCGGAGUAUUAUCGUCUGGAACUGACAGCAAACAAAGAAAUAGCCUCGCUAUACUAACAAAUAUUUCGUAUUUUCACAGGUGGAUUAUGCUAAAUACAAACAAAUUACUAAUUAAAUAUUGUAUUAUAAAAAACGAAUCAAUGGAAUUAGCAGGUGAAUCGAUGGAAUUUAACGUAACAUAACUUUAAACUUGUAUAAUCCACGUAGAAAUAAUUUGAAAACCAUUUUAAAUAAAAAUUAAUUUCAAUA